CGGACCCCACGAAAAACACAUUCUACCUCGCAUUCCGUUUCCGUUUCACCAACACAUAACAUAAUACGGAACUUGCUUGAUCCAUCGUGUUUUGUUUCGAGAUUCACAGUGAUGAUGGCGUUUUUUUGGAGGAGGCUGAGCUGUGGAGACGCCACUGGUUUCAAGUUCCUCUUCUCAAUCGCUUUCCUCUACACUCUAAUGGCGGCGAUUGCUUACUGCGUCCUCCAUAUGAAACACAUCUCCCCGCUCCCACUCGACGCGCCUCUUGAUCGGUUCUCCGAAGCCAGAGCCGUCCAACACAUCCGCGUCUUGGCCGAGGAGAUCGACGGUCGCCAGGAGGGACGACCUGGGCUUAGAGAAGCUGCAACGUAUAUAAAAUCUCAGCUAGAGAUGGUCAAGGAGAGAGCUGGUCCUAAUCUAAGGGUUGAGGUGGAGGAGACGCAGGUGGAUGGUUCCUUUAGCAUGAUGUUUCUUGGCCACAGCAUUUCACUUGGUUACAGAAACCAUACUAAUAUCCUUAUGCGUAUUUCGUCGAUGCAUUCUCUUGACACGGAUGCAUCUGUAUUGAUGAAUGCGCAUUAUGACAGUCCUGUCAACUCCCCUGGAGCUGGUGACUGUGGGUCAUGUGUAGCAUCACUACUUGAAGUAGCUAGACUGGUAGUGGAUUCCGGUUGGGCCCCGCCUCAACCUAUAAUUUUUCUCUUCAACGGUGCUGAAGAGCUUUUUAUGCUGGGGUCACACGGCUUCAUGACGCAGCAUAAGUUGAAAGACACCAUUGGAGCUUUUGUAAACGUGGAAGCUUCUGGGACAGGGGGUGUUGAUCUGGUCUGCCAAUCAGGACCUGGAUCGUGGCCUUCUAAUGUCUACUCUCAAGCAGCAGCGUAUCCAAUGGCGCAGAGUUCUGCACAGGAUGUUUUCCCUGUAAUUCCCGGAGACACCGAUUACAGAAUGUUUGCAGAAGAUUAUGGUGACAUUCCUGGGCUAGACAUUAUCUUUAUUCGAGGCGGUUACUACUACCAUACUUCCUUUGAUACAGUUGACAGAAUAUUACCUGGAAGCAUGCAAGCACGUGGAGAAAACUUAAUCAGUGUACUUAAAGCCUUCACGAGUUCUUCUAAGCUGAAGGUUGCUAGUGAAAGAAAGUCGCUUGACAUGGAUGCUAAUAGGGACAUGGUUGAAAGAGCUGUUUUCUUUGAUUACUUAACACUGUUCAUGGUGUAUUAUCCAAGAAGAGUUGCCAUGGUACUUCACAACAUUCCAGUUGCGUUGUUCUUUGUUGCUCCUUUCUUCUUGUAUAUCCGGGACCCUGGGAUACACCCUUUGUUAUCAAUCUACUGGGCUUUUUUGAAAGGAGUUAUACAUCAUACCGCUGGCAUUUUACUUGGUGUCAUAUUCCCAGUUCUCUUUUCCGUCAUCAGAUUGUUCUUUGCUUAUCCCAUGAGCUGGUUUGCUCAUUUGUACUUGGCUUUCUUGAUGUUCAUCCCCUGCUCAUUUUUUGGUCUUUUACUUCCAAGAACUAUCUCUGAUCGUGUCUCACAUUGUCAAGGUGUUUCAUCUAAGAAGAUUAUGAAAGUUGAAACAUCUAAUGCAGCGAGGUUUUGGGGAGCAUUUGGGUUCUACGCUUUUUUUACUUCGGCAUAUUUCUUCGCUGGAUUAAAUGGAGGAUUCUUGACAUUUGUAAUCUGCAUUUCUAUGCUACUGGGGUGGAUUGCUUUCUGUUUAUCUGUCAAGUCCUAUGGCCAUGAUUCAAUCAAGUCUCCCAUGUUUUAUGUGAUAGCCCUUGUUCCAUGCCUACUGUAUUCUGUCUAUUUUAGUGGUAUUCUUGCUCUACUUCUGAUUGAGAAGACAGGAAUGAUGGGAGCAGUUCCGCCACCUUAUGGUUUUUAUCUUGCAGAUGUAGCAGUAGCUGCAGUCAUUGGAAUUGUCACAGGCUUGUGUGUGGGCCCAAUAAUACCAAUUUGUGGUCGUUGGCUAGCCAAAGCUUCCAUCUUGAAAUUCUUGCUGCACUUCACUGUGGUUAUGUUGGCGGUAUCAUCACAGCUCUUUCCUUACAGCAAAGAUGCACCGAAGAGAGUUAUACUGCAACAUACAUUCUUCUCUUCGGGUGGAAAUGAAAUCACAGGCUCAAGUUACGAUUUAGCUGUCAUUGAUUCAAAUUCGAUGGAGUUCAUUUUUAAGCAGGCUCCGGAGGUGGCAGAGGCACUUCAUGCUGGCCCUUCUUUUUCAUUGGGAAACGCUGAAGUGUCUCCUCAAGAAGCUUGGCUGGCACUUUUCCCUAUUUCUUGUUUAGUAACAACAAACGGGAGGUUCCCUGCCAAAGCCAACAAGAUUUUGGAACGAUAUAGCCAAUUACCGCACUUAAAAACUCAUAAACCGCCAACAACAUUUGAUAAUGGAACUCGUAGGGUUCAUCUGGAACUCUCUCUGGGGUUAGUUGGAUUAAAAGACUCGAAAAAGAAACUUUUUGGUUGGAUCUUGUUUUGCUAUUUACUAUCACCAUAUUCUAUUUGCAGCUCGUUGGAAGAGAUCUGGGUCUCGGUUCUGAAUGUAACGGGGCCACUAUCAGGAUGGUCUUUUGCAGAUGGCAAACCUCCAGCCCCUGAGCUCCCAUCGGGUGGUCCUCCCUCUUACAUAUUGAGACUGAGUGGCAACAGCAGCGAGAAGUGGAUCUUCUGGUUAGAGGCUAAUAGCGAAGAAAAGUUGAGAGUAGAUAUAGCUGUUCUUGAUCAACGCCUUGAUGAAGAAACUAGACAUUUGAAAAGUUUGUUCCCUGGAUGGUCCGAUGUCAUUGCCUACAGUAGCUUUCUUUCUACUUACUCCUUCUAGUCUUCCAUUUUGUUUUUCUUUUCCUUGUAGAAUAAUAAUAACCCCUUCUUAGCACGGAGGGGACAUAGAGUUCAAUGUUUUUCUUAUUUAUUUAUACAUGUGAUAUCUAUGAUUUGAUAACAUGUAGUCUCCAGAACAACUCAACCGUCUGAAAACGUUUUGUCAUGGAAGAUUAGGUUAUGUUAACUUUCUGUACAAGUGAGUUUUACAAUUUGAAACAGUGAUGCGAUCUUGGCUCAGGUUUUGUUUCUUUGAUUUGGAUUUUAAGCUGGAGCAUUAUUAAUUAAAGAAAAGGAGAAAAAGGGAAAUUAAAACUGUAAAUAAAGUCGGCUUUCACUUAUAAUAACAUAAAAAGGAUAAAAGGUCGGUUUUUACUCAAAUCACGAAAUCAUUAUCUGAAUAUUCUACUAACCUAACCUAAGGGCUAUAUAUAACAAACGCAUACACAAACUAUUUUUUCGUCUUACACCACGAAAAAAAAUCCUAAACCUUAACCAAUCUAUCUCUUUCAGUUCGUCAACGAUGGCUAAGGUCUCUAAAGCCAUUAGAUUCAUCAUUGUGUUCCUCUUGAUGACGUCCUCUUUAUUCUCUUGUGAGGCACGUGUUCGUUAUACUAAUACUGAUUGCACGAGUGAUCACGUCGACAAAGAUGAGAAGCAACUACAAGACCAGAAGCAAUUACAAGACCAGAAGCAACUACAAGACCCUCCCAAGAGAUUUGUUCAGGUGGAGAAAGUUUCAAAAAAGCAACGUCCUGCUCGGCGUCGCUAUCCCACGGUUGAAGAACACGUCAACUUUUUCAUGGAAUCCGAGCUGUUCACUUUUCCAACAAUGAUGCGUAAUGUCGAAGCUUCUCUCUCGAGGAUGCGUUGAAGCCAAGAAUCUCAAGAUCGUGUUCUUCCCUCGGUUUUUUGUAUUGUUUUUUUUCUCUCUCUUGAUCUUACCAUACAAGAACAAAGUCAAUGAUGUAUACUAUUUUUUUUUCUGAUAAGUGUUUCUAUUGUUUUUUCCC